GGCCGCUCAGCGCCACCAGCACUGGCUGUCGCAGCAGCAGUUGACACCGCCAGUAGUAGUAGUAGUAGUAGUAGCAGCAGCAGCAGCAGCAGCAGCAGCAGCAGUAGUAGUAGUGCCAAAAUCAGUCGUCGCCUAAGUGGUCGACGCAGUUGUCGUGACGCGGACGGCCAUCACGACGGCGACCUCACAUGGCCUCGCUGCCGAGUGGUGCGCUUGACACAAUCCUACAUUUUGCUGUCUGUCCUCCCGCCUGUUGACUGUCUGGACGGCCUUUCGACCUGUCCCCUCGUCUACUCGCCUGCCUCUGCCUCCGUUCUCUACGCCCUAGGCCCGGAGCCCGGUCUGUCCGUCCGUCCGUCCUUCCGUGUUUAUGUGUUUCCGUGUUUUCGUGUUUCCAUGCCUCCAUUAACAGGCCUGUCGGCUCGUCGGUCUCGUCGGUCUCGUGAGUGUGUGCCAGAGUCUGCAACUGCUCUGUUGACCGCCUUUCUGGCCUCUUUCUCUCUUGCCCUCCCGGCGACACGACCAUUUGCCCUGUCUGCUUCUGUGCCACCAUUUUGGCAAGAUGCUCGGUCACUCAAACCAAAGGCGGGUCGGAGGGGCAGUGCGAAAGGGCCGAGUGAGUCGGAGAGCUUGACCGGUUCAACCCGUUCAACCCGUUCAACCCGUUCAACCCGAUUCAACCCAAUUCAACCCGAGGCGAGGCCACCGGCAUUAACUGCCACUCGCUGCCUCACAUGCCAACGCCAGACGCGGCAGACUGUCUGUGGGAUGGGUCGGAGACAACGCGGCCUACGUGAACUGCCCUUUUGCCCGUCCCCUACCUCUGCGUCUGGUCGUCAGGCCUUGAUCUUCACCCUGGCUGCAUUUGCUCGUGGUACUUGUCGCGCUGCCCAAACUGUACCGGUUGCACAGGCCUCGCUUGCCACGGCAACUUCAAGGCAUGCCGGAUUGUGGCUUUGUCAGUCACUCCUUAUGCGCUUGCUCACUUGCCCAGCUUAA